AUGUCAGAUUCUUCGUCAGGUAUCGAGUUAGACGACGACGACGAUCAGCUCACUAUUUUGGGUUGUCGGCUCUCAACGGAAAUGACAUAUAAUUAUUUUGACCAUACUUUUUAUACCUCAUUUGAAGAACCUAGGAAGUAUGCAUUUCAAGGGCGCGAACCCGAUGUCUUGGACAUAUGGCGACCCAACGGCAAUCUAUCCAAGCUCCCGUUAUCACAUCGGGAAGCAAUUAUCGUUUCUGCGCUACUGUUUUUGGAUACGCUUGGAGGAGACUCUUCCAGCAUCCUUUCCAAGCCAUUCCCAGAAAAUUCCAGUCCUCCCCGCUACCCAGCUGUAUACUUGGACUACGAUUUUCUUUCUGCCGUUAAAGAAAGUCCGAUGGACGUGUCCGCGGCAUUGGGUGUAUUGAGAAAGCAAGUCACUCUUGUGCCGGCUGAGAUUUUGCGAGACCUGUCAUCAUCAUUGCUGAACAAGGUUGGAAAGGUGUCAAACCCCAGGGACCUUGGCGUUUUACAGUCAACUGCGUGCAGGUUGGCUGCGCUGAUGGCAAACUGCGAUCGGCCGGAGCUAGCCAUUGACGCUGAUAUCCACAUUCUCAAGAGUAUGCCAGAUGCUUCAUCAUGGCAUCGUCUGGUCAUGUCCAUGGGAUUGGUGAAAAAUCUAGACUAUGCGGUUGCAGAGAACUUGUUCGCAAAGAUCUCGUCAUUUGUCCUUGACUCUCAUAGGAAGUGGCAACAAAAACGGUUGCAAGGUGAUCAGGUCUCUAAUGACACUACCUUGCAGCCUAUACCCCCUAGCGAGGAAUCGAACGCAACCAAGCACGUUAAGAUCACAACCAUCAAAUUGUUGGUCCAGCUCAUCUCAGACGCGGGCUUCUUUUCAAGUAGAACCUCGCUUCAGACUCUGGCGGAACUAUUUACACAUACUCAUAUUGAUGUACGACACGCUGUCAUUGCGGCCUUGUUUGAGCUACUUAACAAAAGUGUGCGCUUGGAUGGCAAAGCGUCCGCCGACGUUUACGCCACGGUUGCACCAUUUCAUGCUGUUGCAGCUGGACCGAGUGAGUAUGCGACAUAUUCCGAAGCCGACUGGGCCAAUGCUGAAAAAGGAGGGCCACUUCCUACCAUUGACUCGAAUCGCCCGUUACUUUUCCUGUUUACCGUGACCCGCCCGUGA